AUGAGCUCCAACGAGACGUCAACCGCGCCUUCAGAGGCUCUCCCCGACGCCCACACUCCCUCGCAGCCGGCCCCUUCCGCUCCCCUCCCUUCUGCCGCCGUGAGCCAUCUUCAGCAACCCACGCCCAUGUCCAAGAAUGCGCUCAAACGCCUCCGCAAGCAGCAAGCCUGGGAGGACAGCCGCGAGGACCGGCGUCUCCAGCGCAAAGAGAAGCGGCAGGCGCACAAACUCCGCGUGCGCUCAGAGCGGGCAGCGCUCAUCGCUGGCGGCGCCGACCCCCGUGUCGUGUACAACCGCGACAAGCGCGCCAAUGCGCCGCUCGUGCCUCUCGCCAUCGUCGUCGACUGCGACUUUGAGCCCUACAUGACGGACAAGGAGCGCAUAUCCCUCUCUAGCCAGGUCACGCGCGCGUACUCGGACAAUCGCAACGCAAAGUACCGCGCGCACCUCUGGAUCGCGGGCUUCAACGGCAAGCUCGCGGAGCGCUUCGAUACCGUGCUGCAGGCGCAGCAGAAUAGCUGGAAGGGCGCAUCCGUGUUUUCGGGCGACUUUGCAGCAUGCGCGGUGGAGGCGCGCGCGCAGAUGGCCGCUAAGAAGACGGUCGCGCUAGAGGACGGCGCGGCAGAGCAAGAAGGGAACCAGAAGCACAACGAGCAGCUACUGAUUGGGCCGCUGCGGCGCAGCCUGGAAAGCCCUGCGCCGUGGCCGCGCGACGCACACGAUCCGUUCCCGCUGCCGGAUCUGGAGCCUCCGCUGGAUCCGGCGUACAAGGACGUUGUGUAUCUCUCGUCGGACUCGCCGUACACGCUCGCGCGGCUCGAGCCCAAUACGACCUACGUGGUCGGCGGGCUGGUGGACAAGAACCGCGAAAAGGGCCUGUGCUACCGGCGAGCGCGCGAGCGUGGCAUCCGCACGGCGCGACUGCCGAUUGGCCAGUUCAUGGUGAUGCGCAGCCGGCAGGUGCUGGCGACGAAUCAUGUUGUGGACAUUAUGCUCAAAUGGCUCGAGCACGAGGAUUGGGGCAAGGCGUUUCUGAGUGUGAUUCCGAAGCGCAAGGGAGGGAUCCUGCGCGGGGACGGGGAGCCGGCGGCGGAGGCGGAGGUGGAGGCCGAUGAGGCAGACGGGGAGAAUGGUGAGCCGGUCGAGGAGGUGGAUGAGAAGAAAGGUGAGCGGGCAGAGGCCGGUGGUGAACAAGCGGAAGAGAAGCUUACGGAGACGGCUGCAUUGACUCAAAUACCCAUUGCAUAG